GGAGAAAUGCUUUACAUUCUGGAUCAGCGCCUGCGGGCCCACAACACGUCUGACAGCAGCUCAGAGAAAGGAGUUUGGUCAGAAGGUGACAGGAAGAGAGGUAUCAGAGGACCAUCCUGCAGGAUUUUAGUUCCUUCCUCCUAGACUCACUUAGUUCUCAGCCAAAAGUUCCUGCAGUGACACAAAUAUUAGCUUCAUGGCUUCAGAUCUACAGGCUGAACAUCUCCAGGGUUGGUCCUCCACCUUCAUAAUGUCUGGAUUUCUCUCUGACCUUCUGGACCAAAUCCUGAAGGUCAUGGAGGUCCAUUCUUAUCUUCUCAGUGCUUGGAGUUCUGCUUUGUAAGAACUGACCACAGGUCCAGCUGGUUCUGGUCCCUGAGCCACCGGCUCCAUCUCAGGUCCACGUCAUCAGCAGGUUCUUCCUGGAUGUAGGAAGAACUGGGAGGAAUGGAUCGGAUCCGGAUGUUUCCCUGCUGGACUCGUCCACCAGGACUCAUGGUGGCUCUCAGCUCUUCUUCGUCCUCUUUGCUGCUCUUCUUCUUCAGUCCACUGUGCAUGCAGAUGAACUGCUGCCGAUGUCCAGCAAGCUCUGCACUGGUGGCCCCACAUGGCAGCAGGGACCUCCUCAGGAGGAGCCAGACCUCCUCAGUUUGAAGUUCUUGAUGGUCUAGAAGCUCUUGUCCCUGCAGGGAAUUUUCAUUUCAUGUCAUUAUGGCCGUAAAACGACACCAAAGGUUCCUGGUUCUACCAGAACAACGGUUUCAGCAGAACCGUGACCCGGUGGAAGGGUUUGAGACUCUUCCUAAAGCUUCUCCUGCUGUGGAUCUUCUGCCUGUUCUCACCUGCAGUUAGUUCCUCUCUUUCUGGCAGAAAUGCUCAGAAAGCUUUUAUAUUUGUGUCGCUGUCAGACUUUUGUCCUGGUAGCCAUCGUUUAAAUCCCCGCUGAGAAAUAAAACGCCUUUAAAAUGUACGUGCUGAAUGCUUUUAGUUACCAGAUGAAUCCUUAGAAGUUAGUGAUGAAUCCUGAGGAAGUAGCUGCUGUCCAGGGAAGUAAAUUUCUGAAUGACAUCGUUGGGACCAUGUUCAGUAAAUCCUUCAUGGACGAACUCCUGAAGCCUCAGCAGCUGUAUUCCCACCGGACCAUGAAGACGGUACUGACCCGGUUGGCACACACCUCCAUCAUGAGGCUGAACCCGGCCAGCAUGGACAGGCUUUACGAGCUGAUGAUCAUGGCCUUCAAGUAUCAGGUCUUCCUUUGUCCUCGGCCCAAAGACCUUCUGCUGAUCUCCUACAAUCACAUGGACUCCAUCAGAGCGUUGGUCAGAGACACGCCGGCCGUCCUCAACCAGGUGGACGAGACUCACAGGAAAGUCAUUGAGGUUUACUCCACGUUCUCAGAAGGAGAGCUCCAGCUCCUCAGACAAACGCUGCUCAUAUUCUUCCAGGACAUGCACAUCCGGGUGUCACUUUUCCUGAAGAAUCAGAUCCAGAACCCCAGCGGCCGUUUUGUCCUGACAACCUCAGGUCCGGUGCCGUCUGGAGUAGAUGUUCCAGGACUUAUCAGGACGUUUGACCUGAGGGGGAGAGAAGUGAGUCGGAGCGAGUUCCCGCCUGGAGGAAGCUUCAGCGGUUCUGUUGGAGACGGAUCGUUUGAGCUGAAUGGAGACAGAGUCCUCAGACUGGGCCGGAACCUGUACAGAGCGGAGCAUCCAGAGGAGACCCAGACGUCCAGGACACCUGGGGCUCAGCCCAACAGCCCCCCCAACCCGCUGGCCAAAGAAGAGCUCAACCUUCUGGCCCGCCUCAUGGGCAGCAUGAAGGCCGAGAACGUUCCCACAGGAGAGCGCCGGUUCCGGAUCAGCCUGUUCUCCACGGACCAGGAGGAGGCCGGCGCUUCAGGCGGAGAGCAGCAGGACACCAUCCAGGUGAUCAACAUUCAGGCUGUGCAGGACGGACAGGCGGCUUUGGCGCUGGCUCGGAUCGCUGGAGAGUUUGCAGACGAAGAGGCGAAGCUGGAAAAUCCCAGCAGCAGUAAAGGAGACGAGCUGCUGGCCAUGAUGGAUGACCUCUGAUCGGGAUUUAUCAUAAUGCAAUUAUUUCUCUGCUGCUUCCUUUAACUCAGCAUUUAUUCCAAAAGAUGCAAAGUCAAUAAAAUAGGAAAA